AUGCCCCAGCAGAUUGAGGCAUGGUCGCGCCACGUAUGCACAAGAAUCACCGAUGGGGGGAAAAAGAAGAUAUGGAUACCGUCAGCUGGGAUGGCACCGUCUUCCCGACGCUGCUGCCCACUCCCUCAUUCUUCUGUUGCAAGUCCUGGCGUGGCCGCGCAGCUCCGCAACCUCAUGGAGGCGGACCAGCUUGGCUUCGUGCAUGUCAAUGUCAUGAUCCCAGUCCACCACGUCACUCAGCAAGAUCGGGAAGACCCGCUGGCACGUCGAUUUUCGAUGCCCCCGCUGAAUGCCGAUGUCAAAACCAAGGCUUUCGACGCUCUCCUGCGCAACUGUGGUGCCAACGCCAAGCAGGUCCCAUCGGAAACGCUUGAAUGCGUCUUGACCACAAAUCGUUGCUCGUUGAUCCGACAGUGA